CCAACAGAAGAGAAAAGAGCCCUAAUUAAAGCAUUUCUGCGUCUUCUUCUUCACUCUGUUGUCCAGUGUGUGUUGUGCGUGUUUUUCUUCGUGUUUUGUGAACAAUUGAGGUCAUAGAAAUGGCCCCUCAAAAGUUGACAGAAUACGAGAGACGGAGACUCGAAAACAUCAAGCGCAACGAUCAAAUGCUUGCUGCUCUGAAGAUCCACUCUAAACUCUCCCAACUCUCUGAAUCCACCAAGCGCCCGAGAACUCAAACUAAGUCUUACAAAGUGAGCCCUGAGAAGAAACACAGAACAGAAACUCCAAUAGUCCUUCGCAGGUCUCUCAGGACUCGAGGAGUGGCACCAGAUUCCUCGACUGCUGGUGGCCUUAAAGAUGAUUUCGAUGAGACCCAAAGUUCUAUAUCUAGGAAAAACCCCAAUUCAGAUUCAGAAUCCCCAUUAACAAAAAGAGCUUAUGAAAGAGGGCCUAUCAGUAUGAGAGAUGCUUAUAGAACAGAUGCAUCCGAUAGAAAACUCAUUGAGGCAAUACUGGAUUGCUCGAGAAAAUCCAGAUUGAGUGAGAGUAAUAAUGAACUGGAUGAUACAAUUAAGGGAAUGGAAGGAAAUGAGCUCUUGGGUAGUUUGAAAGUAGGAAGAAAGGUAUGGGGUUCCAUUGACGUCGAUGCAUUGAAAUUGGAGCCGGAUAAUAUUGCACGUGUGGUGCCAGGGAGAAUACUGAAUGUAAGGUUUUUACCAACUACAGAUGCUAGAAUAGUUGUCGUAGGCAACAAGUUUGGUGAUGUUGGCUUUUGGAAUGUUGAUGCUGACGCUGAGGAUGGGGAUGGGAUUUAUCUGUAUCAUCCUCAUCCAGCACCAAUCUCGGGAAUAGCGUGUAAUCCAUUUUCUUUAUCAAAGAUGUUCACUUCUUGCUAUAAUGGUUUUAUAAGGUUGAUGGAUACUGAGCGAGAGUUAUUUGAAUUGGUGUAUGCUGGUGAUCAUGCUGUAUUUUCUCUUUCUCAAAGUCCAAAUGAUAUGAACUCCUUGUACUUUGGUGAGGGUAAUGGACAACUUAGGGUAUGGGAUGUAAGAACAGGAAAAUCUUCAACCUCGUGGGGUUUGCACCAAAAUAGGAUCAACACAAUAGACUUUAAUCCACAGAACACAAACAUCAUGACAACAAGUUCAACAGAUGGUACUGCCUGCAUUUGGGAUUUGAGAAAAGUUGGUGUUAACGGGUCAACAUCUUUGAAGACUAUUAGGCAUAAAAGAGCUGUGCACUCGGCUUAUUUUUCACCUUCUGGAAGGUUCCUUGCUACUACAAGUGCUGAUGAUAUGGUUGGUUUAUUUAGUGGAGAUACCUAUCAAAACAUGACAAUGGUAUACCAUAACAACCAGACGGGCAGAUGGAUUUCCUCCUUCAGGGGAAUAUGGGGGUGGGAUGAUUCUUAUGUUUUCGUGGGGAACAUGAGAAGAGGAGUUGACAUAAUCUCCACCACGGGAAAAGAUGUUACUGCAACUUUACAAAGUGAACACAUGUCUGCAAUUCCAUGUCGAUUUGACGCUCAUCCAUUCGAGGUUGGGACGCUGGCUAGUGCUACAAGCGGGGGUCAGGUUUAUAUAUGGAGGCCAUCUUGAUGAAUGAAUCCUUGUUUUGCUAGUUCGUGCUGGAGAUGGUUUUCACUUGCCAUGUUUAUCUGUUGUACAUGUAUCCUCGUUAGGUAACUUCCUGUGCAUCUUUUGCUGAAAAAGCUUUUAGUGGUGGUACAAUGAUCUUAACAUUUCUUGGAAUGUAAAGCCAUUUCGACUCUUAAUGCUGGAAUUAGCAGUUUGCA